AUGGCUACAACUAAUGAGGGAUCGGAAUUCAAUAUAAAUUCGCCAUUCGUAAUCGCGCUUGUCGUGAUUAUAAUUGCAGUAGUAGUAAUCGGUGUGAUCGUUGUCGUAUUUCUCAUUUUGCGUUACCAAAAUAAGUCAGCUUCCACAAAGACUCGAGGUUUAAAGACACGAAUUGGACCCGAAUCACGUGAUAAUGGACAUACACAUAAAAAGCGAGAUUCAACUGGUAUGAUAUUUGAUCUUGAAGGAAAAGAAGAAUCAUUUGAAGAAUCUUACGCUGAAGGGGCAGUCGGUCACCAACAGCAACAAACGAGUGGAAGGUCUCUGCCCGUUAGAUCACAAACUAUAUACGGAUCCCAACCUCCGUCAACUUCUACGAUUGCUUUGCAAUCUUCAACGAUACAAGUUCCAAUGAUGCAAGAGCAUCAUUUUAUGGCCUCUCACCAUAAUAAUGAUGAUGAUGAUAAGAAUUAUUAA